ACGGACGUGUGUUGAUCGCGCGACGGGCAUCACGGCGUUCGAUAAUUUUUUUUUUUUAUUAUCACUUCCUUAUCCUAAAUACUUACUUGCACAAAAUUUUCAAACAGCCUCUAGUUGGAUCUCAUCGCUGUCGACGGUUGAUUCUGAUCAAAAUUAUUUUGUCGACAGUCACACGUGUGUGCGCUGUGUGUUUUUUUUUAAAGAAGGAUCAGUUUUUUUUAACUCGCAGUAAUCGAAUCGUACUUUUAUUUUACUUACCUUCAACGUUAUUCCAAAUUGGAUUCCCUUUUUGCCAAUCAUUUUAUUUUCUUAAAAUUUUGUUUUACCCUUGCUUCUGACGUACAUUUGUGAAAUACGUAUAAGUUGAAUAAUUUUUUGUGGUUAAUCGGUCAUUCGCACAUUGUGUCCAUAUCGAUGAAUUAUUGUUACAUACUUAAAAUAUAUUUGUUAAACUUUUGUGUGUAUAAUUCAUAAAUCUGCAAGAAAUUGAGAGGCACGUUACAAUAGACAUGCGCACGUGAUCGAUUCGUUAUACGGGAUUGCAGCAACGAUCCGUUGAUGAUAACAACGAUAUAAACGAGACACUUGCGGUGCAGAAAACUAAGAAUAAAACAAAAAAAAAAACACCAUAAAUAACGAUAAACAAAUAAAUAAAUAAAAAUUAAUUAACGGCGUGAGCGCUCGUCGGUUCGUUCAUUCUUAUUUUGUUGUUCUUCAAUUUCUCCCUGGAAGAAAAGUGUCAACGCACCGCGUUCGUUGGUCACCGCAAGAGACAAUUGAGUGAAUAUUUCGUGCUUCGAAGAAGAGUGAAGAAAAUUUACUCUCGUCAUCAUGGGGACCAGAACUUUGCUCAUUGUGUAUUUUCUCCACGCCGUCGCAGCGUGCGGUCAAUGCGCACACGCAGCCACCGCCAAAGAAGUGCUCCAGAGUUUCGAGGAUCCCGAACACGCGGUACAGGAAGGAUGUUACUUCUCCGCCGAGUAUCAGGGCGAGUUUAUCAUGCAGGUUGGCGGGGCUGGUUCCAAAGGUUCAGGGAGCAUCGGUGAUCCGGUGCCAUACUCCACGGUCCGCAUAACCUUCAAUUCGAUACCAGUGUGGGGAUAUUGUCGGCGACGAGUUGGCCAGAACGUGCUUUUGGUCAAUAGAUACAACGACGAUGAUUGCAUCCGAUGUUUCCGAUUGAUAAGGAGAUCGCGAAACAUAAUCGAAGUAUUCUCAGAGAAUUUGAACAGAUGUUACACUUCCGAGAUUGCCGCGACAGCAUCUUGUGAUACUCUAUACUCCAAGGCUAUUUUAUACCGUACUAAGGAAUUCGCUGGGCAACCGAUAAGGAACGAAUAUUGCCCGAUCGAAGGACGUUACCAUUUUACGUACAAUAUAAACGACGGUUCGGAAGAAAAAAUUGAAUGUAACACGUUCUCAUCUGACUUUGGCAACUGCCCGGACGGAUCGGUGUUUCAUUUGAAAUUCAAACGAUGCUCGUUCGAGAAUCUUGGUAGGGAUGAUUUCAUCAGUCUGUCGAGAAAGGCGUCUCGCGAUCAGAUAAUGAAUAUUACAUUCAAUUGUCUCGGUACUUGGGACGGGCCGAACGGAUCGAAAUACUUGGCUCUUUUGGACGCGCAAGGAGGCGAAGAACGUCGACCCCAAUAUCGAUGCGGUCUUUAUCAUGUCGAUAGUAAAAAAGGUAAAACCUACCUGGCAUUCAGCAGCGACUCGAGUUGCACACAAAAUCUUGAAAAUUCAACUAGCGGAUACGAAACUCUGGUACUGAGCAAAGCGACGAACCAAAAAACGGUACCAGACUACGUGAGAAAUCAUGUAGCACUAUUCCCGAAAUGGUCGCACGGCGAGUGGGAACAAUCGUUGAUCGUAAACGGCACGAUGACGUUUACGGAUACAAAUGGAUAUAAAAGUUACACUUUCGUAACUGUCGAUUCGAACGAUCAAAGCGGACGUUAUGUCGUCUAUUCGAAGGACCAAUGUGAGAUGGAGGGUUACGUGUGUUUGAUGAUGAAACAACGUAGUGAAAACGUUCUGGAAUUCACCACAGGUACGGCAACGAGUCUUACUUACAAAAGUUACCUCUGCGACGAUCCGAAUCUCGACAAACCCGUUUGGAUGACACAAUCCAGAAUAGAACGCGUGGUCGAAUCUCCUUGCCCAAUUACGGGCCAGUAUACGGGAGUUAUAACCGAUCUUCCUGGAAUGUGCGCAGAGUUAAGCAGUAAUUGCAACACGCGAGAAAUCAUGUAUUACAAAGUCAGUGAUUGUAGUACCGGUGAAUUAUACGAGGAGCGCAGUUAUUUGUGUCUUGGACAGUGGGAAGAAAAUGGCGUUAUGUAUACGUACACGAAGAGAAACGACACUAGUACAAACGAGUGCUUCGUUGGACUGAUAGUUAACGACGAGGAAAUUUACAUCAAAGAAGCUGGGGAUCAUUGUAUAAGAAAUAUCGAUCCCAAAACGCAGGGAAUGCGUUUGUACAAAAAAGGACAAUGUUAUGGCAACUCUCCGAGUCCCGCACCCACGCCGCUUAAACCAAUUCCGCACGAUCCAGUAAUGCGGAUUACUUCCACACCUCGAUCAAACGUUGGAGAUAAUAUGAUCAACCAAAUUUCAACAAUCACGGCUGGAUCCAGAUGUAUCGGGAAAACCGCAAAUAAUCACCACACUAUGUUCCUAAUUAUCCUUUUGGGGUUAAUUUACUUAAAUAUGUAUUACUCGAAGUCGGAGCGUUGAAGAAUUGUUUUAUAACGGAGAUAUAAAUAUAACGCGACAAGCGAUAUUCUAAUUGCGAUAAAUAGACUCUAAGACUGGACAAUGUUUAGAUCUGUCGCCUUUUUUUCAAGAUAAAAAAAAAAAAAAUAGGAAAGAAAAAAAAAACAAGGACGAGGGUAAAAAAUUUUGUGUAGAAAGUGUAGAAUAAAAAAAUACUAGAAUAAUAUAUUAGACGUAGUUAUCGGUCAUAUCAUAUAUAUAUAUAUGAUAUACGCAUAUUCGUAAUCUGAAUAUCUCAACGAGUGUUUUAAAUAUUAUACAUAUAUACACAAUAUACAUAUAACGACUGAAUUUACGAUGGGAAGUUUGCAUUGUGAACAUUUCACGAAAAAAAAAGAAAAAAAAAUAACAAGUAUUUGGCAACGCCCGGCCAAAUUUUAACUGAAUCUUGUUAACUUUUCACAUAAUAUGUAUUUUAUCUGACGUUAAAAUGACAAACAUUGAUAAUGACUCUCGCGAAAGUGAUUAAUUCGAAAGCUUCACCUUGGUUGGAUAAAAUUUGAAUGCUGUAUUGCAUUUUUUUUUUUGUUUUUUUUAUUUAUUCCAUCUCAUCCAGGUCCCUUGGACAUUUCCAAACUGUGACUAGCUUUUCAUUGUGUAUCUCUCGCAAGUAUUUUGAUUUCGAUUUUAAUUUCAAUCUUUUCGGCACAUUUCUUUCGAAUAUUUCUUUGAUUGUAUGAUUUGUUAAAGCAAUUUUAGACUGAGACCGUUCCAAAAGCUGUUUCUGCAUGUUUUUACAACUGCAUGUACGUAUGUCGCACUGAAAUAUUUUUGAACGUGGCAUAUCAAAAUGUGUGGAAAUUGUUUUUUUUUUUUUCUUAUAUAAACUUAAAAUUAUAUAUACAUAAACACGUGCCUUAGAAAUGUGCGAACAAUGCGUGACUAAUGGCUUCAGUGAAAAAAAAUUUAGUAUACGUAUAAUUGAAAUUUUUAUCAUAUUUAGUUCAGAGAGUUUACAAUUAUCGUAUACAUGUUAAGAUCAAUGUACAGUUUGCCAGAAGGCAAAACAUCAUGAUGCGGCGGUAGAUCGAGCCUUGAGUUAAUUGUUUGCUUUUUGCUUUUCGGUUGGAUAUAAGUAAAUCA